AUGCUUGAUAAUUCAUUUCGUGCCAACUCUAACGAGGUGUACGAGCUCAUGGAAAGACUAGAGGCCGCAUUCAUCGAGUGGUUUGCACAAGGAAAUCGUGGAAAAGGGAAGAAAUCGUUGAGGCUAGGAGAAAAAAGGGAGAAGCACAGAAUAACAUUCCUCCUUGGUCUAUUUACAGGCUGCUCGGUAGCACUAGUGAUAGCCGUUAUUGUCUCAAUGCAUGCUCGGGAUCUUCUCAAUCACACGGGACGAGAUGAGUACAUGGAGAGCAUAUUUCCACUCUACAAAGAAACAGAUCUAAGCUUUAGAAAAGUGCUCCUUCUUGCUUCUGCACUAUCCGUGCUCUCGUUGGCAGCUGUGCUUUCAAACCUUGACAUGGAGAUGGAUCUCAGAACAAUGAAGUAUAGUACAGUUACAGAACUAGUUCCAUUAACAUUAGUCCUUCUGGUACUUCUUGUCACCUUCUGCCCUUUCAAUAUUCUUUAUCAUUCGAGCCGGUUCUUCUUCCUCCGCCAUGCGUGGCACUGUGCUUCUGCUCCACUACAAAAGGGAACUUUUACUGAUUUCUUCUUGGAAGAUCAGCUAACAAGCCAGGUUCAAGCAAUCAGAAGCUUGCUUUUCUAUCUCUUCUACUACACGAUGGGAGAUUUCACCACGAGAUCAAAUGCGUUUCUUAACCAGAAAUUAUACAAGGCUUUGUACAUUGUUGUUGCAAUCAUCCCAUCAUGGUGGCGUCUUCUUCAGUGCCUUUGUCGUUUGUAUGAGGAGUGUUAG